AUUUUUAGGAAGAGAAGAGUUCGGAUUUAAAACCCUGGCUUUCCCCCUCUUCCGUUACUGCAUCUUCUUUCUUCCAUUUAUUUAAAAUAUGCAGUACAAUACUGCUGGGGCUGCUCAAAACAGGGAAAGCAAGAUAAAAUUUUAAAACAAAUAAAAGUCAGCGUAGGAUAAAAGCAAACCAAACCCAAUAGAAAACAAAAACCCAAUGAAAAACCCAUCAGACUCGAAAACAGAUGGAUUUUAAGAUCUUAAAAGCAAAAAACCCUGAGGGAGGGAGCAGGGCAGAGUUCUUCGGAGCGUCCCGCAGCCGAGGGGCCACCACAGAAAAGGCCCUGACUCCAGUCCCAGCCAACUGAAUCUCAGUGGUGGGGCCACGAGAAAUAUAAGGAGCAAAGGGCCCUGGCAGAUUCAUAUGAGCAACUUAAAAAAACUAUAUAGCGGUCGGAGUCUGUGUAUGUGUACACAGAAUGCUGCUUCCAAUUAAAUUCAAAAUUAAAAUUAGCACUAUGAGCUCCGUUUCACAAGGAACUAGAUCCUUUGGAAACUAGAUGCUUCCACCAAAUAUAUACUGGUUUUCCAGUCUCGCCUCCAAUGCAAAGCAGAUAAGGUUUCACCACCACAGAGAUGCUAAAGGUUAGGUGGCCACUAUUCUGUGUAGAUCACGACCAAUAGGGCUCUCAGUUCCCGGAGGAUUAGACUAUAUGUUACUCUAGUAUUUUCCUGCUUCUAUAAGCGGGAAGCGAACUGAAGCCCCGGAGGGCCACGCCCCUUGUUUUUCGCCUUUUAUUUUCGUCCUGUAGGCUUUGGUUUUGUCAGGCUCCUCUCCAACGAUGAAGGGGGAUUUCGUGAAAACCACGCCCCCUCUAAUGUAAGGCUGAGCAGCCGGAAAUGGGUGAGAGGAAAUGUGAGGCGGGUUAAUGUAAGUCUAUUACCAAGCUGUCACCGGAGAAUUCCGAACGGAAGUGACGUAUGGAGAAGACUUGGUUGCUGUGAAGAGCCCGGAUAUUUUUGGUCGACAAUAGGCGAGACUGACUGGAGCAAGAUGGCAGUGGAUAUUCAGCGAGACUGCUUUGGACUCUACUGUGGGAGAACAGAACAAAUUAUAAAUGGGACCAAAAGUUACAGCAGUUGUGGGGUGUGUCCAAGAGGUCAAAGAACAGAUCUCUACAAAAUCUGUCAGCCUUGUAAAGGAUAUCCCGAGCGUUAUGACUGGCUUUACCUUGGCUUUAUGGCAAUGCUGCCUCUGAUCUUGCAUUGGUUCUUCAUCGAAUGGUAUUCAGGGAAAAAGAGCUCCAGUGCACUCUUUCAGCACAUCACUGCUUUAAUUGAAUGCAGUGUGGCAGCAAUCGUUACUCUUCUUGUGAGUGACCCUGUGGGCUCCUUGGAUAUCCAUUCGUGCAGGGUGUUGAUGCUCUCCGACUGGUACACCAUGCUUUACAACCCAAGCCCUGAUUACAUCACCACUAUUCACUGCACCCAUGAAGCAGUCUAUCCUCUAUACACAAUUGUGUUUAUAUACUAUGCCUUCUGUUUGGUGCUGAUGAUGUUGCUCCGGCCUCUUCUGGUUAAAAAGAUUGCUUGUGGGCUAGGGAAGUCGGACCGAUUUAAGAGCAUCUAUGCUGCUCUUUACUUCUUCCCAAUCCUAACCGUGCUUCAGGCAGUUGGAGGAGGCUUGCUCUACUAUGCGUUCCCUUACAUCAUCUUGGUAUUAUCUCUUGUUACCCUGGCUGUGUAUAUGUCUGCUUCUGAAGUAGACACUUUCAAGGAUCUCCUUGUCAGGAAGAAGAGGCUGAUUGUCCUCUUUAGCCAUUGGCUGCUUCAUGCCUAUGGAAUCAUCUCCAUCUCCAAGCUGAACAAUGUUUACCAGGACUUGCCUCUGCUGGCCUUGGUGCCUGCACCUGCUCUCUUUUACUUGCUGACUGCAAAGUACACGGAACCUUCCCGGAUACUCGCAGAGGGAGCAAAUGGACGUUAAACACAACUGAUGCCAGUCUGGGUAAGCAGACGUCCCAGAUAUGCAGACUGAAGAUCGUGGGAGCUUCUUGGAUCCAUCUGUAUGUUUCCCCUUAUAGAAAUUGACAGUUCUCUAUGGAAUGUCUUUCAGGUGAACCCUUCCUUCUCUCUAGGAUCACAACUUCAGUCCCCUGCUAGCUACAAAGCAGAACAGACUCUGCCAAGCAAUGUAUGGCCACUCAGUGAAUGUAACAAGAUUGUCUUACAGCCACAGGAGCCAAAGGCCUCAUUGACUUCAGUGGUGAAGUUUUAUCCCUGUGUGUACGCAUGCAUGUUUGUCCACGGGAGGAGGGGAAACAAUUUUGUACAGCACACUUGGAAACAGUGUAACUUAUUUAUUUCACAGUGCAGUAUUUUAUUGUGUCUUUGAAUAAAGACAGGUAGCAAAAUC